CAGGCAGCAUCCACCCCCCUCUCCACUUCUACCUUCAUACUCACCUCUUCACGCCUCCCUCUCGCCGCCUUCCUCUCCAUCACCUACUAACACAUAUCAUCUCUGGCAUUCCCCCGUCUGUUGUCCCUUCCACUCUCUCCUCCAUUCGUCCCUCUUUCUCUCACACACACUCAACCUUGUUGCCUCACGCGUGCACACACUCAUGCUGAUUGGCACCCAAGGACAGAGCACCCUCUCUCCCGUACCGGCGACCAGGCGGUUUGCUCGCGUGGCCAGGCUUCUUGACACUGAGCACAGCUGAGGAAGAGGACGAAGAAGAGGCCAUGGAGCACAGCCACAUCUUUCCUGUUUUUUCCCCAAAUGGCAGCAAUUGGAGCCCGGGGCAGCAUCCCUCUGAGUUUGCCCAGGGAUGCCCUUUGGGACCACUGCCUGUCAUCUACUACAGCGUCCUGCUCUGCCUCGGCCUGCCCGCUAACAUCCUGACGGUGGUCAUCCUGUCCCAGCUGGUGCUGCGUCGUCAGAAGUCCUCCUACAACUAUCUCCUGGCUCUGGCCGCCGCCGACAUCAUGGUCCUGCUCCUCAUUGUUUUUGUCGACUUCAUAUUGGAGGAUUUUAUCCUGGCCACGCCGCUGCCUCCGUCAUUAAACAAUGCAGUGCAGGUUCUGGAGUUCUCCUCCAUCCACACCUCCAUCUGGAUCACCGUGCCGCUCACCGUUGACCGUUACAUCGCCGUGUGCCACCCGCUUCGCUACCAUACAGUCUCCUACCCUGCCCGCACACGAAGGGUGAUAUUCGCGGUGUAUAUCGGGUGCUUGCUCUCUGCGGCUCCUUAUUACUGGUGGCCUGAGCUGUGGCACAGCCUGCCUGGGGUGAGCAGUGGUAGUGGCAGAGGAGGAGGAGGAGGAGGAGGGGAGGGCAACAGGAGGACCGUGGCCCAGCACGUCCUGGUGUGGGCCCACUGCGCCACCGUCUACCUCCUCCCCUGCACCGUCUUCUUCUCCCUCAAUGCCGUCAUCGUCCGCAAGCUGCGCAGACGCCGCAGCUGUUUCCGUCUGCGCGGCUACUCCACCGGCAAGACCACCGCCAUUCUCCUCGCCAUCACCUCCAUUUUUGCCGUUUUGUGGGCGCCACGCACCCUCAUGAUCCUCUACCACUUCUACUCCCCUCCUCCGGUCUCACAAGGCGCCGGCCGACUGCUCCACAUGCUCACCGAUCUGGCCAACAUGCUGGCGUUGCUCAACACGGGGGUCAACUUCUUCCUCUACUGCUUCAUCAGCAAGCGUUUCCGGGGCAUGGCGGCCAACGUGCUGCGAGCCCUCGUCCACUGCCGGAAGCAGCCGCCGCCGUUCUACGCCAGCCACAACUUUUCCAUCACGAGCAGCCCAUGGAUCUCACCAGCCAACUCCCACUGCAUCAAGAUGUUGGUGUACCAGUAUGACAAAAAUGGGAAGCCCAUUUGUAUUUCCUCUUGAGCUCUCAGCCACCAGCAGCCGCCCUCCCACCCUCAUGUGGUUGGGGAACGUAUUCAGGCAUUGUCUCCUUGGUGACCAGCUUUGCCCGCAUGGGACUCUUUGAGGCUUGAAAAUGUCAACACGCCUGGAGAGCACAUAGGUGUCAGUUUAGCUAGCUUUGAGCGAUAACAAAGUGGUUAGCUAGCAAGGUGGAAAAGCAAACAGCAGAUGCGUGCUUGACAGAAAAUGGCCUCAUAUGUUCAAUAAAGCAUUCACAAAGCAGCGACCAGCAUCAACUAGAUGUUGUUUCCACCAUGCAAAAAAAAAAAAAUACUGUAAGUGACUCACAGACUGAUAAAAGGAUAUCACCACCAUCUAUCAAUGACUUUUACGAGCCACAGCGCUGAAGAAGAAACUGGCA